ACAGAAGUAGCUAACGCAACAUCCAUUGCAGCGAGAUAUUUGCUUAAGGUCAUCAGACAUACUGUAGACAUUGUCAAGCAAGCCUAAUCUAGCAAGCCUCAACAUGAAAAUCAGCAUAGAGCUCCUGGUGAUUUUCAUAUCGUUUGCAUCCGCUGGUCCUUCAGUCAGUCGUAUUAAAGAGGAUAGCAUCAUCAAUUUUGGCUACAUGUCAUCCUGUGCUACUAACUCCUACAGUUACAGAUAUAAUGGAUAUGGUUGUUACUGCGGAUUCGGUGGCUACGGGACCCCAGUAGACUCACUUGAUACAUGCUGUCAGGUACAUGAUAACUGCUAUGGUGAUGUGGAGGAGAAGAAAGGAGGACCUUGCUCAUCUGAUGUCGACAUAUAUUGGGAGGCCUACACAUACUCCUGCCAUGCACCCUGGAGCUGGUUUUAUCCAGCUGAUGAACUUACCAUUGUCUGCGAUGCUUCAGCCAAUAAUGAAUGUCAGCAAGCAUUGUGCGAAUGCGACAAGACGGCUUCCCUGUGCUUCGCAGCAAACGAAUUUCAAACUCAGUAUGCAAACUAUGACAAGGAAGCAAACUGCAAAGCCUAAAACAUAUUAUUUUCACAUAUGCACAUACAGAUCUAAAGUAGAAAUAAAAGGAUUAACCCCCCCAAAAAAAAAAAAAAAUUGAAAGCCUCAUGCUCCAUGACGCAA